AUGGAAAAGGACUCAAUCCGACCCCUGCGUCUCGUGGACCAGAAGAAGAAGGAGCUCACGGAUCGAUUCGAGAUGACCGACAUGGGAGAGGUAAAGCGGAUCCUCGGGAUCGACGUGCAGCGGGACUACGAGCAAGGAACCCUGGCCAUUUCACAGGAGCACUACGUGAACACACUUCUGGAGCGGUUCGGAAUGCAAGAGGCCAACCCAGUGAGCACUCCUGGAUACGGAGCGGAAAUCUCCACGAAUCAACCUCAGGACCAAAUCCUAGGACCCACGGACAAGAAAAUCUACCAGUCGAUGACAGGAAGCAUCCUCUACCUGGCCCAGUGCACGCGAUUCGACCUCUCCUACGCUGCCCUACAACUUUCCAAGGCCUGCAGCAACCCAGCGCAGGUGAACAUGACAGCAGCCAAGCACGUUCUGCGAUACCUUCGGGGUAAUCCAGUUCUUCCUAUCGUCUACAAGAGAGGACAGUUUCGGCUAGCGGCGUUUACGGAUUCAUCCUUCGGAGCAAACCCCGACAACGGAAGAUCUACCACGGGAUAUCUCUUCUUUCUGGCUGGAGGACUCAUCAGCUACGGUGCGAAGACUCAAACUCUAACCGCGCAAAGCACGGUCGAAGCCGAGAUUCAAGCACUUAGCUACUCAGCCAGAGAGGCGGUCUACAUCUCAAAUUUUAUGACGGAACUCAACUUCAAGACCUUCGGAUCGGUUCCCAUCAACAGCGACAGCACCGGAGCGCUGACAGUGGCCAGGAAUGCCAUGCACUCUCAACGCACGAAGCACGUGGCCCUGAGGUUCUUUUUCAUCCGGGAGCUAGUACUGCGGGGACAAAUCACUCUUCACCACCGGCCCAGCGAGCACCAGUUGGCUGAUAUCGCGACCAAGUACCUCCCAAAGCACCGAUUCGCCUCCAUCAUUCAGCAGAUUAAGGACUUCUCGUGUUGA